CAGACUCUGUAGGACCCAGCGGAAAACUGCUCCAACCACAGGGAGACGGAGCAAGAGAGAGAGGGAGAAAGCUAAGUGGAGAGAAGACUCUCUCAGAUCAGUCAGUGGCUUCAUGGAGUUAUGUACCUCUGAUCCGCCGCCAUGGAUUGCAAUCCGCGAUCACUCCUUUUCAUUUUACCUCUUUUAUUGUGCUGCGUUAUUCCUGCGUUUCCCAUCAUCUAUCCCCCCAAUGAAGUCAACCUGUUAGAUUCUAAAGCAAGCCAAGGGGAGUUGGGAUGGAUUUCCUACCCAUUGCAUGGGUGGAGGGAAAAUUGGGAGGAGAUCAGUGGGGUGGAUGAGCACUACACUCCCAUCAGGACCUUCCAGGUUUGCAAUGUGAUGGAGUACAGCCAGAACAACUGGCUUCGCACCAACUGGAUCCCUCGCCAGUCAGCCCAGAAGAUCUACGUGGAGCUGAAGUUCACCCUGAGGGACUGCAACUCCAUCCCGCUGGUGUUGGGCACCUGCAAGGAGACCUUCAACCUCCUCUACCUGGAGACGGACGACGACCAGGGCAGCCACUUCAGAGAACACCAGUUCACUAAGAUUGACACCAUCGCCGCUGAUGAGAGUUUCACCCAAAUGGACCUCGGAGAUCGCAUUCUCAAGCUCAACACUGAGGUGCGUGAGGUGGGUCCUAUGACUAAGAAGGGCUUCUACCUGGCGUUCCAGGACGUGGGCGCCUGCGUAGCUUUAGUUUCAGUGAGGGUUUAUUUCAAGAAGUGCCCGCAGACUGUGAGGAAUCUGGCCUCCUUCCCUGAUACGGUGCCCAUGGACUCCCAGUCGCUGGUUGAGGUCAAAGGCUCAUGUGUCAAUCACUCCAAAGAGGAGGAGCCUCCGCGAAUGUACUGCAGCACAGAGGGGGAGUGGCUCGUGCCUAUUGGGAAGUGUCUGUGCAACCCAGGAUACGAGGAGAGAAGCAACACCUGCCAAAUGUGCAGGGCGGGCUUCUACAAGUCUACGCUUGGAAACAUGGAGUGUUCAAAGUGUCCGCCUCAUAGUUUCUCCCACCAUGAGGGGUCGCUGCACUGUGGCUGUGAGAAAAACUACUUCCGUGCUGAGGGAGACCCUGCGUCCAUGGCCUGUACACGACCCCCUACAGCUCCUCGAAAUGUGAUCUCUUCCAUCAAUGAGACGUCGGUUAUCCUGGACUGGAGCUGGCCUGAGGACACUGGUGGGCGCAAGGACCUCACCUUCACUGUCUUGUGCAAACGCUGCCGAGGUGGAGCGGCUAAUGGCAGUAACGGUGGCAACCUGAGCUGUGAGCCUUGCCGGAGCAAUGUUCACUUUCUGCCAAGAGCCACGGGCCUCCAAAACACCACAGUGACGGUGGCCAAUCUGCUAGCCCACACUAACUACACCUUUGAGAUUGAAGCGCUGAACGGUGUGUCAUUGCAAGCACCCAAGAUGAGGCAGUAUGCCGCUGUCACCAUCACUACCAACCAAGCUGCACCCUCCCAAGUAACAGUGAUCAGAAAGGAGAAGACAUCUCGAAACAUGGCCCCUGUUUGAGACCCCAAGAGACCCAACGGCAUUAUCCUCGACUAUGAGAUCAAAUACUACGAAAAGGAGGAGCAGGAGACCAGCUACACCAUCCUUCGUGCUCGGGGUUGUAAUGUGACUCUGAAUGGUCUGAAGCCCAACACCGCCUACCUGCUGCAGAUCAGAGCGCGCACAGCUGCAGGAUAUGGAGCCAGCAGCCCCAGUUUCCAGUUUGAGACCAGCCCUGACUCAGCCUUCUCCAUCUCCAGUGAGAGCAGCCAGGUUGUUCUGAUCGCCAUUUCCUCUGCCGUGGCCAUCAUCUUGCUCACUGUGCUGCUCUACGUCCUGAUUGGCAGGUUUUGUUGCCACAGCAAAUCCAAACAUCCUGAUGAGAAAAGACUGCACUUUGGCAACGGCCACCUACGUCUGCCGGGUAUCAGGACCUACGUGGACCCACACACCUAUGAGGACCCGAGCCAGGCUGUGCACGAGUUUGCAAAGGAGCUGGACGCCUCCUGCAUCGCCAUUGACAAAGUGGUCGGAGCAGGUGAGUUUGGCGAGGUGUGCAGUGGUCGUUUGAAGCUUCCCAGCAAGAAGGAGAUCUGUGUGGCCAUCAAGACUCUUAAAGGAGGAUAUACAGACAAGCAGAGGCGGGACUUCCUCGCUGAGGCAUCAAUCAUGGGACAGUUUGACCACCCUAACAUCAUCAGGCUGGAGGGGGUGGUUACACGCAGUAAACCGGUCAUGAUUGUUACAGAAUACAUGGAGAACGGAUCCCUGGACAGUUUCUUAAGAAAACACGAUGCCCAGUUUACAGGCAUCCAGUUGGUUGGCAUGCUGCGUGGCAUCGCCUCGGGUAUGAAGUAUCUGUCAGACAUGGGCUACGUUCACCGAGACCUGGCAGCUCGAAACAUCCUGGUCAACAGCAACCUGGUGUGUAAAGUGUCAGACUUCGGCUUGUCCCGAGUCCUGGAGGACGACCCGGAGGCUGCUUACACUACCAGGGGAGGUAAGAUCCCUAUCCGGUGGACAGCGCCAGAGGCUAUUGCCUACAGGAAGUUUACAUCAGCCAGUGAUGCUUGGAGUUAUGGCAUUGUGCUCUGGGAAGUCAUGUCAUAUGGGGAACGGCCAUACUGGGAGAUGUCCAAUCAGGAUGUAAUAAAGGCUGUAGAUGAAGGAUACCGCCUCCCCCCACCCAUGGACUGCCCGGCAACCCUUUACCAGCUGAUGUUGGACUGCUGGCAAAAAGAGAGGAACAACCGGCCCAAGUUUGAACAGAUCGUCAGCAUCUUGGAUAAACUCAUCCGCAACCCCGGUAGCCUCAAAAUCACGGCCAACACCACAUCCAGGCCGGCCAACCUGUUGUUGGACAGGAGCAGUUCAGAGGUUCCCUCGAUGGGGACACUGGGUGAAUGGAUGGAUGGAAUGAGGACUUUGCCCUGCAAAGAGGCCUUCUCUGGGGUCAGUUACAGCUCCUGUGACACCCUGGCCAAGACCUCCACUGAGGAUCUUAAAAAGGUUGGAGUGACAAUUGUAGGACCGCAGAAGAAGAUCGUGAGCAGCCUCAAAGCCCUAGAUUCCCACACCAAGAAUGGCCCAGUACCUGUUUAAGAAUUGAACCCAUCAUGUAAAAACACCAGAGACAUGUCUGUCGGUGUGGUUGCUAAUCGCAGUCCAACACAGUGGCUUCAUACAUAAACUGGAAACGGAUGGAGAAAUAUGAUCUAAAUUAGAGCUUUCAUUGUUUCAUUGGAAGACGAUAUCAAGUCCUGACAGGGAAACGUGAACGAGUUCACUGCAGUCUUGUCAGCUAGUUAACUGGCUGACUCUUCGACUCUCCGUCCAUCCAUGUCCAAGUUGAGAUGCCUUACAGACAAACAGGAGGGUAGAGAGAGAGAGCAUGGGAUAGCCAAGGAGGUCAGGAAGACCUGCCUUGGGAUUAAAACUGGGAAUGGACUAACAUAAAGCCGGAGCUCUCCAAUAUUGGCUAAGCUGGACAGCAUAGCCUUCCCUUUACAGCUAAAAAGGGGACGGGCAUGCUCACAGUCUCCUCCCUCCAUACCUGACUAAGCAGCCCGCGGAACGAGUCGGUGAAAUGGCUGAGAUGCCACGUGUAGAAGAGCAUGGCAGCAAGCAGCAGCUCCCCCGGAUAUGGACACUUCCUGGACUAAGGAGGUCUGAGGCGUGAGAUUUUGUUGUAACUACCUAUAUUUACUGUCUUGAUCCAUGCAAGAACUGACCUGGUAUGAACACACCUAGAUGUUAACCGAGCCAUUUUAGUCUGUAGCUCUAAUCUAUAGCAUUUGCAUUCAGUAGACAUGUCACAUAAAAGCAAUAAUUAUGAUAAUCAGUUUAAUAGUCUCAUUGUACGAAAGCCAUGAGUGUGUCACAUGUACAAUGUAUUGAACGCUGUGCUUUGAAGGUACUGGGGCCAUAACACACUUCACACACAUAAUUUUCUUUAUGGUGAAAUCUAUGUUUUAUGUGCUUAUAUGAACAGAUAAUGUACAGUUAUAUUGCUGUUCCCUCAUCCCAAUGCCCUAUGUGUAAAAUCUCAGGAUGUAUACGUUAUUCAUUCUAUUCUCUAACAAGGGGAAACAGUCAGAGGGAAUGGAGCACAAUCAGUUAUUGAGAGUGCAGGUUAGGAAAGACAGAACAAAGGAAAAUGUAAAGUAUAAGAAGAAAAAAGGAGAAUUUAAAUAGGUUAAAAUGGUGUCAUUCAGGUAUCAGCUCCAGAUUUCUUCUUGUGUUCCGGAAGUGUUUGAAACUAAAGGCAAGUUUGUGCUUGAGUUUCUUCUUCAGGUUAGACAGGUUCGCAUCAUCAAGCCCACACAACAUCAGGUAUCAGUUUCUUUCAGUGCGUACGCUCAGUUCAAAAGGUUGAGAUCAACACUGCUGGUCUAAGGGUGUUGUAGUCUUAUUAAAAAAGCCAUGCAGGAUCUGAAAUGUGCUGUAAAAAAAGUAUGAAGUACGAAAUGUAUCCAUAAAUCCUGGUGUGUUUAAUGCAAAAAGAGAGUGCCUCCUCUAGUUGGGUUGGAUCAUGGUGGGAUCGCCAAGCAAAAAGCUCCAGUUUUGAUUUGUUUUCCACAAAGCCUGUGUUCUCAUUGGGGCAUGGGAUUUUCUCAUCACUGUCAAGGUGUGAAAAUACCCUGAAAAAGAUGAAACACUUCAAUAAAUGAUUGCUUUCUGAGAUACUUUAUAGUAAACUAAAUGUACAGGAUGGGAUUUCCUAAAGGCACCUUGAAAUAUCGUUGUACUAUAAAGUACAGACUUAAGGACUUUAAGUUAGUCUGCUGCUUUAAUGUCACCCAGUCAGUCCCUCAGUGCAACACAUACACAGUAUUUCUAAACUGGCACUUUGUGCUGUUGGCUGGGUAAUAUUUAACCCCAAGGGUACUAUCUUUAAGCGUCUUCCAAGCACUUACUAGACAUAUUUUAGCACUUUGAAAUGAAAUGGUAAUGCCUUGGUAUAGACUAAGCUUAUGAAAUGAAAAGGGGUGAUUUUGGUGCUUUUGGGAAACCCUAUUCAGUGUGUCAGUCGGUCCUCUGUUACUCGGUCUACCUGUGGAUGCUGCUGUUGCUGCUAUAUGUUCUAAUUAGCAUGUACAUAAUGUAAACCAUCAUAAUGAUAGCAACUGGCUCUACAGAUCCCACUAUAUGUACAUGGCCAUCCUUCUUUGUACAAAUGUUUGUAUGUAUAAAGGAAUGAAAUAAAAUUGUGCAACAUUUUAAUUAAAAAAGAGACAAAAAAAUAAUCUGUAUUUUAUUUUAUCUUGUUUUGGAUUAUAUUUGUCUGCUUUGUUUUUUUCUACAAUAAAAAGUCAAUUAUGAUUACAUUAUUAUUUAUUUGUUAACAUAAAGCGCAAUAUUGAUGUUUUUUUUUUUUUUGUAACUUACAGUAAAUUAUGUGCCAGUGCUAUUUGUGUUUUGGUUUUAACUUACUUUAUAAACCUGGGAUCUCUGAGAGAGCAAUACUGUUAUGCACCCAAUAUCCAGAUCCCUCAUUUUCUGUCUCAAGACUGAUCCGUGUGUCCGUGUGAGAGUUUACGUGUGCAAAUGUAGAUGGCCUUGUCUACUAAUGUAAAAUGAUUUGUAGUGGAAACAUUUAUAUUUUUAUAAUAAAUAUUCGCAAAAUAUUUUCCAAAAAAUGGA